AUGGUAGACGAUAACAAAAAGAAUUCGAAUGCGAGACAAACAGGCCGCUAUCCAGAACUGAGCCAUCCUUUGUCACAAGCAACUCGUGUGGACGAUGAUGGCAAGGGCCAGAAUGAUAAUGAGGCAGGUUCAAAUGAUGAUGGUAGUGUGGUUGUGCCCCCACUGCUCCGGGUGAGGAUUAUCCAGGCCAACAGACAAUUGAGCAUAAGGACAAGGGCUCUGUAUCACUCUAAGCAGCAACGACCACAUUGCUACAUGCGAAAGCAAAAUUCGGCUUCUUUUUCCUCGACCGGCUGGUAUUUCUUCAACCAACUUACUACUACUACCAUCCAUACUGCCGACACCACUAUUUCCAGCGUUGAUGCCUUCAGCAUGUUUCUGCUGGAAGACAUUCUAGAGCGGACAAAGUGA